ACAAAUCUUGAAGUGUGUAGAUCUGUUACUUUCAAGAAAUGCUGAUCCAAAUGUUGCUUAAGACUUAUGACUCCAAUCAUGUAUGCUGCACGGAACGGUCACCCUCAGGUAGUUGCUCUCCUAGUUGUUCAUGGAGCAGAAGUUAAUGCCCAGGAUGAGAAUGGUUAUACUGCUUUAACUUGGGCAGCACGUCAGGGUCAUAAAAAUGUAGUUUUGAAAUUACUUGAACUUGGAGCUAAUAAAAUGCUACAAACCAAAGAUGGAAAAACACCAAGUGAGAUUGCAAAAAGAAAUAAACAUCUUGAGAUCUUCAGCUUUCUUUCUUUGACUUUGAAUCCAUUGGAAGGAAAGUUACAACAGCUAACUAAAGAAGAGAGUAUUUGUAAACUAUUGACAGCAGAUUCUGAUAAAGAAAAAGAUCACAUAUUUGGUUCAUAUACAGCAUUUGGAGACCUGGAAAUAUUUUUGCAUGGUCUUGGUCUGGAACAUAUGACAGACUUACUAAAGGAAAAGGAUAUAACUUUAAGACACCUUUUGACCAUGAAAAAGGAUGAGUUUACAGAGAAUGGAAUUACCAGUAAAGAUCAGCAAAAAAUUAUAGCUGCUCUUAAAGAACUGGAGGUAGGAGAGAUAAAUUAUGGAGAAUUACCUGAAGUGGCAAAGUUGGAAAUCAGUGGUGAUGAGUUCCUCAACUUCCUUCUAAAAUUAAACAAACAGUGUGGCCACUUAAUAACAGCUGUACAGAAUAUCAUUACUGAGUUACCUGUAAAUUCUCACAAGAUAGUACUAGAAUGGGCUUCUCCCCGGAAUUUUACUUCAGUUUGUGAAGAACUGGUUAGCAACGUUGAAGAUUUGAAUGAAGAGGUCUGCAAAUUGAAAGACUUAAUUCAGAAGUUGCAAAAUGAACGAGAAAAUGAUCCAACUCAUAUACCAUUAAUGGAAGACGUAUCUACAUGGAAGAGUAGACUUUUGAAGAGCACGGCUGUUACAGUAUGCGGAUUUGGGCUGCUUCUUUUUGUUUGCAAGAUGACUUUGCAAAGAAGAUAACCCUAAUAUUUAAGUUAUGUAAUCACAUCCUAUUCAAAGUGCCCUAGCAUUGCUAUUAGUCUUUAGUGGCACAGUGUAACUUUAAAUUCUUUCCUUAUACUACACAGGAAAACUUGGGAUUAAAUAA